UGACCAGUGAGCUCCUGUUCUCCUUCAACUGCAGGGUGCUGCUGGGGUUCAGAGCAACUGUACGGUAGUUUGGAAGACUUGGGCUAAUUGGGUUUUUUUUUUUAGGUGGCCUGGGGGUUAAGCAGACAGACAUCACUUCCAGCUCUGAACGAAGCCUUUUAGGGAGGGGUGCUGUAGCCUGGCAGUGUGCCAUUCCCUUCCAUGGUCGUUGUGAGCCAUACAGUCAUCCUUGGCCCGGUCCCGCCCUUGGGGAAGAAUGGGCCCCUCUGUCCAGAGGCCCCUGAGACGUGCUGAGCAUCCAGACAUGGCAAAGCGCCUGCAGGGUGUGGGGUCUCCCCUGCAGGAUCCUGCUUGUUCGUUUCCGGCGGGAGAAAUGGACAAUGGGGUCUCUAAGGACUGUUUCCCGCCGCUGGCCCCAUUGUUGCCAUCCCUGCUUUCCUCCUGGGCCUCCCUAUUGCGCAAAAGGCUAGUGAGACCCUGGACAGACAAAGCCCGUGGCUUGAAAGCCCUUGAGUGAGGUGUGCACUGGGCUUCUUCGGAUAUCAGUCAGAUUCCUGCUGCCUCUAUCUCGUGGCUCCUGGGAAACUGCUUCAGCUCCAGCGCUGAGCAGAGUGGGAGUGGAGUUCUAGAAAUGCGUGACCUCCCUUUAAGGCCUUCCACCUAUCAUCAGUCCCAACAGACUAUUCAUUCAGACUGGGAGAGUGAUAAGGCUGUGCAGAGACCAGACGUAUGGUUUCUUGCCCCAGACUGUGCCAAUGACGGCACCUGGUGGCACCACACCCUACAUAGGCCCUGGAAUGGCUACUUUGGAAUAUUUAGAGUCAGAUAACCUGUGUGUAAUCUGAGGGUGGACACAGAGCAUGCUCCUUUUACAUGGACUGCUUGCUUAUGGAGAGGGAGGGGUGAUGAGGGUAAGAAGUCACUCCUGAAGGGUAGGCAACAGCAUUUUCUCCCUCUCUAUCUGCCUCUAAACUGGCCCCUUACUACUUCCUCUCAUCUCUCCAAGUUUCAUAGAGUGCUAAGGGUUUAGACCCUCAUCUUUCCAUCUGAUAAGGGAAGGCUGGUCCAGCGGCCCCAAGUCUGCUUUAGGAAGCAGAUAGUGAAGGCCCGAAACAGUAGAAGCAGAGACAGCAAGGGGAAUAGUAUGUGUGACCCAAAUCACAGGAGCUAGCCUGGGAAGCCUUGUAGGGACCAGAGACACCUCCAAGUAGAGCCCUAGCAGCUGAGGAGCAGUGUGUGGGUGCCAAUGUCAGGUAAAGUUGCUGGGGCUUUUUGGAUGCUCUAGGUCUGAGAAUACUGCCAGGAGCAGCAGACAAGAAUAGCUGUGUCCAAGCAACCCUGUCUAGAAUUCAAUGUCUGAGAGAGCUCUGGUAUAAUUCUCUCAGUGGCCAGAUUCUGAGCUUGAUGGAGCAGAGCCUCUCUCUGCAGAAUACACGUACACCUGCUGCCUUGGGACACCUGUCCAGCAGAUGGUUUUGGAGGAUAACACUCUGCACCUGGGGGAUAGGGUGGUGGUCCUGGGCAUGUUCAAUUUGGAAGUCAUCACUGUCUCUGCUAGGGAUAGCCAAGGAGGAUUAGGCCAUGAGUGAGCAAAGACAAGAUCUGCCAUUCCCAGACAUUUAGCCUUGAUGUGGGUGGUCGGGGUCCAGCGGCUUGACUCAAGGCACUAUCUGUUUCCAUGCAGGGCCUUACUGGGAGUCACUCAACCCUUUAUUUUUGAAGGAAGGAGAUCUUCCGGGCUCCUGGGCUGUCUUCCACCCUAGGCUGGGCCGGCUGCCAGCACCCAGCCGCUCACAUCCGGCCCCCUCCCUCUAUACUCACUAGAGAGCCAACAUCUGUCGCUAUCUGACCGCCCCACUCCUUCAACCCCAGAAUACUGUUUCCCACCUAAUUAUUGUUGCUGUAGGGUGGGGGGCUGGAAGGACGUCCUCUGGUUUGCUUCUCAGUUUUUGGUAGGCUUUCAGGAAAGGAAGUCUUGGUCAACAGAAUUUGCAUGAGAGUGACUUUCAGUUAUAGGCCCUGGCUAUAACCCGAGGCUCUGAGCCAGGCGCAGUACAGCCUCAGGGGGAUCUAGAACUGAGAUUCCAUAUGGCUGUCUGUAGAGUGGACCCUGAAGUAUGUCUCGGACCGUAGACCCACUCGAGGCAAACUGUCAUUCUCGCUCAUCGCCUGCGUCAUUACGACCCCAAACCAUCACCCGGAACCCAAGGAGGGCCCCCCGGAUGGCUGGGCGGAGAAGAAUGAGUGUCGGACUGGCCCGGGAGGCUUCUUCCACUUCCGGCGUCUGAUCGCAGCCGAAAUCUAGACUUCUGCAGUUGCGGCUGGUGUAGGCUGCUAGCGAGCAGCGUACGGCUCAGGCUGGGGGCAGCGGGGAGGGCAACCGCGUCUAGCUACUGGCUGAGAGCCUUGGGAACUACGACCUUUAACUGAGUGUCUCUCAAUCAUGGAUCACGACGACCCAGCCGAAGCGCUGACUGAGCUGCGGGAGAAGCGGCUGGGCUUGCUGGAGUUAUUGCAAACGGCGGCAGGCUCGGGGUUGGCCGUCUAUGCUAUGUGGGCGCUUCUGCUGCAGCCCGGCUUCCGCCGGGUGCCUCUGAGGCUGCAGGUGCCCUACGUUGGCGCGAGUGCCCGGCAGGUUGAGAACGUGCUGUCACUGUUGCGAGGCCGCCCUGGAAAAAUGGUGGAUCUAGGCUCUGGUGAUGGCAGGAUCGUGCUGGCGGCCCACCAAUGUGGUCUCCGUCCAGCUGUGGGGUAUGAGCUGAACCCGUGGCUUGUGGGACUUGCACGGCUGCAUGCCUGGAGGGCCGGUUGUUCCGGGAGUGUCUGCUACCAUCGAAAAGAUCUCUGGAAGGUGAGCCUCAGGGACUGUCACAACGUGUCUGUGUUCCUGGCUCCCAGUGUGCUCCCACUGCUGGAGGACAAGCUGCAAGUGGAGCUUCCUGCAGGGGCCCGGGUGGUAUCUGGGCGAUUCCCCCUUCCCACCUGGCAGCCUGUAGCUGUGGUGGGCGAGGGCACCGACAGAGUUUGGGCUUAUGAUGUCCAUGGUACUGGGCCAGCUGUGUCUUGUGGAUGCAUCAAGGGCAUCCCAGAGUCCAGUUCUACCUUGGUCUCUAGGGCCCCUGUUUGACAAGCUGGCUGAAUGGAUAAAAUAAAGACUCCGUGGGUUCAAU